AUGACGGAACUGUUCGACCCCUGGGAGAAAGCUCGUAAAUUCAAGUACUCAGGCACGAUACGUGCGCUCUAUCCCCUGAGCCCUAAGACCAAGAUGCCUUCUUCGAUCAAGCGGCCAAAUUAUGGACGCGAAGCCGAGGGUGUGCGUGUUGUGGCCCAGCUCGCGCGUGAGGCACUCGAGGAAGUUGCUGCGAUUGUGCGGCCAGGGAUAACCACCGACGAGCUCGACCGUGCGCUCGUGGCGGCAGCUGUGAAGCGGGGCUGCUACCCGAGCCCGCUCGGAUACCAUGGAUUUCCCAAGAGCGUGUGCACCUCGUUGAAUGAAGUCAUUUGCCACGGAAUUCCAGAUCAGCGCGCGUUGCUCGACGGCGAUAUUCUCAACAUUGAUGUGACGCUUUAUCAUAACGGGUUCCACGGCGACUUGAACGCAACGUACCCUGUCGGCGACUCGGCGCGAGCGAACGAGACAAACAUGCGCCUGACCCAUACCGCGCGCACGUGUCUCGAUGCGGCGAUUGCCAUCUGUGGCCCAGGGAUGCCGUACGCAGAGAUUGGCCAUGUGAUCAACCCCAUUGCGGAAAAGAACGGCUGCGUGGUAGUGCGCGACUACACUGGCCACGGCAUCGGUCGCGUUUUCCACGGGCCGCCGAGCAUAUUCCAUUAUCCAACCAAAAAGGCCUAUGGAAUCAUGCAGCCCGGACAUAUUUUCACGUACGCGACUUGCAACACUAACAGCAGUAUUGAACCAAUGAUCAACCUGGGAACGGAGCUACGGAACAUCGAGUGGCCGGACAACUGGACCAUCGCGACUGCCGAUGGAAGCUAUUCUGCUGCUGCAGAAGAGACAUUGCUCAUCACUGAAGACGGUGUCGAGAUCCUCACCGCAAAAGGCGGCCCCCAGCGUCUGGACACGACCGCGGCACGCGAGCGCCAAAUGGAGGCGCGUCGUGCGCGCAAAUAG